AGCAUAUUUACACCGGAUGACUCAACAACAACUUCCGGGUUAAACUAGCUGUCGUGACCUUGGUCGGCUGAUUCAAAGCUGAUCAUCAUGGCGGCUGUCUUCAGGCUAACUUCUGUCUUUCGUAAAGGAGUUCCACCUCUUUACUUCCAAAGUGCUUUGCUGGCAAGGCCGUUGGUUGUACCACGCAAACAACGGGAGCAGACUUACCUUCUCACUGCAAGGAUUCAUGCAUCUCAGACUUUGAAUGCAAGUUCUGGCUCUCAAGCUGCCUCUCUGCAUUGGACAGCUGAGCGAGUGCUGAGCAUCCUGCUCCUGGCCAUGGGGCCUGUGGCCUAUUUUCACCCCGGUCCUGCUAUAGAUUAUUCUCUGGCUGCUGCACUCACCCUCCAUGGACACUGGGGCCUCGGGCAGGUGUUGACAGAUUAUGUCCACGGAGACACCAAAGUCAAGGUCGCCAACACAGGUCUCUUCCUCCUGUCGACGGUCACUUUUGCUGGCCUUUGUUACUUCAACUACAACGACGUGGGCAUCUGCAAAGCUAUCGCCUUGCUUUGGAGCAAAUAAACAUGCUUGUGGACUGGAAGACUGACCCGAACGUGUUUAUUAUAAUGACAGUUAUGACAAUAUUCAUGUGUAUUGUAACUCAUAUUGAUCAUUUCUUUUCAUGACAAUUUUCUUACCUGCACAAGUUUCUGUUCAUGCGCUGCAUGGGUGGAAAUGUAUUCUACUUUUCUUAACUGUUCGUAUGACUAUCAGACAUAUUUUCUACAAAAUGUGUCUCAGUCAUGUUUGACAUCUAAUUUAUUAUUUCUUUCUUUGAAGAUCUAUUUGCCGCAUGAUGUAUUUUGUGUUUGCUGCAAUGCGUACAUACCUUUUUGUUUCAUAACCCAUCCAAGAUAACACAUUUUAACGUCAGCAUUUACCCUACCACUAUAUUUGGGGUGUGGCCACCUCCUGGAGGUCCAUUUCAUAGUUUUCAUACAGAUUACAAUGAAAUAUAAGGAUACUUUUCACAUAGAACAUGGCUGAAUUGUUCUAUAUACGCUGGCCGACAAUGUGCGUGUGUUUGUGUCAAUGUAUGGAUUAUCAUCCUACUCUCCACAAACAUGCACGAGUACACGCUAAAUGUAACUGAAGGGAAACAUUGAACGUCCACUUGAUGUAUUUUUAAUGUCGCACAUGAGGAGUACAGUUUGACAUGUCCAUCUGCCAGCAAAUUAUGAGUGUCAAUCAUUCACUGUAAAUCAGCAAACAAAUCAAAGCUUCGGAAAAUAAAAGUUUAAUUUCUGUUUGGA